AACAAAACUGAGUUAAAUCUUUUCUGCGCUAAAUCUUUGUACUAGCGCAAUCAAAAAAGAUUUUUUAUUUAUUAAGUUUCGAUCAAACCCUACAAAUCGUAGUUUCAAGUUUCGACUUGGGGAUAUCAGUGCCUUCGAGUGUCAAAUUACUUUCUACUCUGAUCGACAUGUUUGGAGAGGAAAUUUUGUACACAGUAGGCAACAAAAUAUACGACUCGUUCGAUUUCCGUGGACGCAUCUGAGAAACGACACACGCAACAGAUCCUGGACAGCUCUGAUUUUGCACCUAUGUGACACCGCAAAUAUGAUGGGCCAUGAUUCAAUCAUCGACGUGGAGCGAGGACUCCAACGAAGCCAGUCGAAAGUUACGCAGCAAAUAACUUAUUCCUGGCACAAUGUAAACGUAUUCGCUCGUCCACCAACUGGCUGCUGCGGCAAGAAAUCAAAGAACGCACCCACUAAGCAUAUAUUAAAGAAUGUGUCGGGAAUUUGUCGGCCAGGCGAACUACUUGCCAUCAUGGGAGCUUCCGGUGCUGGCAAGACGACGCUCCUAAACGUGCUCACCGGCCGUGGCGGUGACCUGCUCAACGUAUCUGGCAAUCUGUGCGUCAAUGGAUUGACUAUGAAGCCGUCGCAGCUGACGAGCCAAUCAGCCUACGUACAACAAGACGAUCUGUUCGUGGGAACCCUCACCGUCAAAGAGCAACUCAUAUUUCAGGCUCGUCUCAGGAUGGACAGAAACAUACCUCACGAAAAGCGAAUGGAACGCGUGAGAGAAGUCAUGCAGGAGCUGAGCUUGACCAAGUGUCAGAACACGCUUAUUGGGAUUCCUGGUCGUAUCAAAGGAAUUUCGGGUGGAGAAACGAAGAGACUUGCUUUUGCGUGCGAGGUGUUGACAAACCCUUCACUGAUGCUGUGCGAUGAGCCAACAACAGGUCUCGACUCCUUCAUGGCCCAAACCAUCGUCGAAGCGAUGCGAGACAUGGCCCAAACAGGACGCACUAUCAUCAGCACAAUCCAUCAGCCCAGCUCUGAAGUUUUCGCGCUAUUCGAUCGCGUGCUGCUGAUGGCUGAAGGGCGUGUCGCCUUCUUGGGUCUCACCACAGAGGCUCUCGCCUUCUUUGAGAGAGCGGGUAAGACCUGCCCUGAUAAUUUCAACCCCGCUGACUUCUUCAUCAUGACGUUGGCUGUUGAGCCUGAUCGCGAAGAAGAAUCGAAGAGUUUCAUCGCUAAAGUUUGUGACGACUACGAUGCAAAUGAAGGGAAGGAAGUAACACGACAAGUGUUGGCCAACAGCGCCGGGGGCAAAAAGGAGGACGUAUUUUCAGAUUCCAAAACCCAUAAAAGUCCUUACAAAGCAAGUUGGACUUCUCAGUUCUCGGCUGUGCUCGUGCGUUCUACUUUGGAAAUUUUGAGGGAUCCUACUCAACUGCGCAUUAAAAUCAUACAGACCAUUAUGAUUGCUUUAUUACUUGGGCUCAUCUUCCUCGAUCAAGAAAAUGACCAAGCAGGCGCUAAGAACUGCAUAAGCGUUCUCUUCUUGCUGCUCACCAACAUGACUUUCCAGAACACCUUCGGGGUGGUCAAUCUUUUCGCAACUGAGGUAGAGAUUUUCACGCGUGAGCAUGAGAACGGCAUGUAUCGCUCAGACGUGUUCUUCAUCGCCAAAAAUGUUGCAGAAAUCCCCAUGGCAGUUCUUCAGCCAGUGCUGUUCGUGGGUGUGAUCUACUACAUGGUUGGACUGAAUCCUGGUGCGGAUAACUUCUUCAUUUGUAUGGGCAUCAUCGUUCUAGUUGCUAAUAUCGGCGUUUCCUUCGGCUAUCUCAUCUCAUGUUUAGCUCGCAACCUCGAGAUGGCAUUGGCCAUUGCUGCUCCUCUCAUCAUACCGUUCAUGUUGUUCGGAGGCUUCUUUCUCAACUCCGAUUCCGUACCGGUGUACUUCAUCUGGCUGCAGUACAUUUCGUGGUUCAAUUACGCCAAUGAGGCCUUGAAUAUAAAUCAGUGGGAUGAUUUCGGCAGUAUUGGAUGCGAGUUCGGAAACAACACCAGCAGUCUCUGUCCUUACCAAACUGGUGACGAUGUCUUGCGAGAUCUCAACUUUGAAUCGGACAAUUUUGGAAUGGACAUCGGUGUCAUGUUCGCCUUGCUCUUUGGCUUCAGAAUCAUCGCUUUCGCUUUCCUAUUUGGACGACUAUACCGAAAGAAAAGUGAUUAAUCAGUUGACCAACGUGAGCUACGUCUUCCAGGAUUUUCCCCAGAAAAUAUUAAUGUGUUUUCAGUGUUAGUUACAAACUUUCCAUUCACAUUACCAAGAGGAGAAUGGAAUUCGGGACGUAAACUAGAUUAGUAAUUCGUUAUGUACCGUAUGUAUGGUAUGAGGCAUUGCAUUCGUCUUCAGUCAUUUCACAGUACUUCAUGUAUAAAAAAAGGCCUUGACAAUUUAUACUAGCUGCACAUAGUAAACUUUUUGGUCUUUAA